GUUUAGCGCCUGCGCCGGCGUCGGUCUGUUAGCUUCUGCGCCGUUCGGGGCUGUGUGGCGGUCGACCCGGUCGACCCCGCCAAGUCGUGCGAUGCGGAGGUUGCAGGUCGUGCUUGGCCACCUGACGGGCAAGCCCGGUUCGGGUUGGGAGCCGGCGCCGCAGGCCACGCCGUGCUGGAGCGGCGCUCCGCAGGCUUCGGCUGACGACGUGGUGGUAGUGCACGGGCGGCGCACUGCCAUUGGCCGAGGGGGCCGCGGCGGCUUCAAGGACACGACCCCCGACGAGCUUCUCUCGGCCGUCAUGACCGCGGUUCUCCGAGACGUCAAGCUGAGCCCCUCGCAGCUGGGGGAUAUCUGCGUGGGAAACGUGCUUCAGCCGGGGGCCGGAGCCGUCAUGGCCCGAAUCGCCCAGUUUCUCAGUGACAUCCCAGAGACUGUGCCUUUGUCCACCGUCAACAGGCAGUGUUCCUCCGGGCUCCAGGCAGUGGCCACCAUAGCCGGUGGCAUCAGAAAUGGGUCUUAUGACAUUGGCAUGGCUUGUGGGGUGGAGUCCAUGUCCCUGGCCGACAGAGGGAACCCUGGGAAUAUCACUUCACGCUUGGUGGAGAAGGAGAAGGCCAGAGAUUGCCUGAUUCCCAUGGGGAUAACCUCAGAGAAUGUAGCUGAGCGGUUUGGCAUUUCGCGAGAGAAGCAGGAUGCCUUCGCCCUGGCUUCCCAGCAGAAGGCAGCCAGAGCCCAGAGCCAGGGCUGUUUCCGAGCCGAGAUCGUGCCUGUGACCACCACGGUCCGCGACGACAAGGGUGCCGAGCGGAGUGUCACCGUGGCCCAGGACGAGGGCGUCCGCCCCGGCACCACCAUGGAGGGCCUGGCCAAGCUGAAGCCUGCCUUCAAGAAGGGCGGCUCCACCACCGCUGGAAACUCCAGUCAGGUGAGUGACGGGGCCGCCGCCCUCCUGCUGGCCCGGAGGGCCAAGGCCGAGCAGCUGGGCCUUCCCAUCCUCGGGGUCCUGCGGUCCUACGCAGUGGUGGGGGUCCCCCCGGACAUCAUGGGCAUCGGACCUGCCUAUGCCAUCCCUGUAGCUUUGCAGAAAGCGGGGCUGACGGUGGAUGACGUGGACAUCUUUGAGAUCAAUGAGGCCUUUGCGAGCCAGGCCGUCUACUGUGUGGAGAAGCUAGGGCUCCCGGCCGAGAAGGUGAACCCUCUGGGGGGAGCCGUGGCCUUGGGCCACCCCCUGGGCUGCACUGGAGCCCGACAGGUCGUCACGCUCCUCAACGAGCUGAAGCGCCGGGGGAAGAGGGCAUACGGGGUGGUGUCCAUGUGCAUCGGGACCGGGAUGGGAGCCGCGGCCGUGUUUGAGUACCCUGGAAACUGAGGCCCAGGCAGCAGCAGCAAGUCAAGACCCGGGGACUGACGGGUGCACUGGUGACGCGGCCGAGCGCGCGGAGGUGUGUGCUGGGCCUCGGGCUGUGCUCGGCCAGGGUCCCUGGGCCACCCUGGGAGCCGCGCCCCAGCCAGUAAACCUGUUCUCCUCCC